AUGGUCGGUCCACCGCCACUUCAGGGUAUUAAAGUACUCGAGUUUGCCGGUCUUGCGCCUGGUCCCUUUGCCGGUUUGCUACUGUCUGACGCCGGCGCCAACGUCCUGCGCAUAGACCGAGCCAUCCCGGGUAGGACGCACACUCCGGGCGUCAAGGUCAAUCCCACUGAGGACCUGCUAACUCGGCGUAAAUCCUCAAUAGUGGUGGACUUGAAGUCACCGCGAGGCAUUGCACUUAUCAAGGAUCUUGCCAAAACCACCGACGUCAUCAUUGAUCCUUUCCGGCCUGGCGUGCUAGAACGGCUGGGGCUCGGCCCCGAUGUCCUGACCGCCAUCAACCCCCGGCUUAUAUACGGCCGCAUGACAGGAUUCCGUCGUGACGGCAAGUACGCUGCCAUGGCCGGUCAUGAUAUCAACUACCUAGCUGUAUCUGGUGUUUUGUCAUUGCUUGGAAGGAGCGGCGAGAAGCCACACCCACCGUGGAAUAUCCUGGCUGAUUUUGCUGGUGGUGGAGCUACUCUAUUCCAAGGUAUCCUACUGGCAAUGAUUGCACGCCAGAAGACGCAAAGGGGGCAGGUUGUCGAGGCGAAUAUGGUAGACGGGGCGAGCUAUUUAACCACCUUCCCACGACAAACUCUCAAAACACCACUGGGAUCCGAACCGCGUGGCGAGAACAUCUUGGAUGGAGGAUGCCCAUAUUACGACACAUAUGAAACGAAGGAUGGUAAGUACAUGUCAGUAGGAGCAUUGGAGCCACAAUUCUACACCAUCUUGGUGCAGGGCCUAGGACUGGGAGACCAGGGUUGGGAAAAGAAACGGUAUGACCGCACAAAUUGGCCCGAGAUGAGACAGCAGUUCGAGACAGCAUUCAAGGCAAAAACACGUUCAGAAUGGGAGAGGGUUUUUGACGGAACCGAUGCUUGCUGUGCUCCAGUGCUGGAGUAUGCCGAGCUGGAAACAGUAGCGGGCCGUGAGGGCGACCAGAGACCACCUGUCACCUUACGCGAGAAUCCAAUGUUAGCUGUCAGUCAGAAUGUGACGAAUCCAAGUGCGCAGGGACAAGGAAAUGGCUACUCUGGAAAUGGGUAUCAAGGGCACCCACUUUAUCCUGGUGAAGGCGGCGAGGCCGCUCUCACCGAGUGGUUUGGGCUCACCAAGGGGCGGGAAUUCGAUGUUGAGGAGGGCGGCUUGGUAUUGAAGCAAAAAUCGAAGUUGUAA